AUGGAGGGAGUGUGUGCCGCAGCGUUCACGGCUUUUUCCGUGGCUUAUUCCGGGUACUUUUUCACCCACCUGGCGCGUCACAUCACCCGUGCCUGGAGAGGAUCUGGUCUUUGGAGCCCAAAACCAACCUGGGAGUCUCCUGUGGCUGCGUGUCUUCCUGAAGAAGAGGCCAAAGGGGAGGAGGAUGCCCAGCCAACUGCACCUGCUGCCACUGCAGGGCCUGAGCAUCCAGCAUCAAGCACAAGGGCAGGGUCAGCACCUGCUCCGGCUGCCUCUGGACCCGAGGAAGAGGCUGAAGAGGAGGAAGGUGCCGAUGAACCUGCCCCCGCUGUCAUCCCACGGCCCGAGGAAACAUCAUCAAGCUCCACCUCCUCUGUGCUGGCACCUGCACGGGCUGCAGCGGAAGGCUCUGAAGAAGGCUCCGGUCCCCAGGCUGGAAGCUCAAGCACGAGCAGCUCGUGCACCUGGAGCACGACUAGCUCCUCUGGCAGCAGAGAGCAGCUGCGAGAGAGGACAGAGGACAAGUGCCUGGCCAUGCUGAAGAUGCUGGUGAGCGAGGGAGAUCCUGAGGCGAAAUACACAGAACUGGAAACUAUUGGCAAAGGAAAAGACAUUGCCAGCAUCCAGGUGUCCAUGCCACGCCUUCGGACCACAGCUAUAACUGCUGACCAGUACUGA